UUGCCCAAUGCCAGCCACGUACGUAGAGUUUCUCAACCCCCUACCGACCUUUUGAGUCGCAAAGCAGAAUCGGAUUCUUACUGAUCAGCCACCCUGCUCUCUCUUUCUCUCUGGUUCUGGAGUUUUAGAAGCAAAUGGCGGACAAGCCAAGCAGAGGAUUGGUGUUGUACGGAGAUGGGUUGGCCCGAUUCAUAAAUUCAUCUCACACCCAUCUCCAUUCUUUUGCAUCUCGAGCCUGCUGCGGCUUCUUAUCCCUUCCUCACUCUCCUCCUUCAGAAAGUGAAGAUGCACGAAUAGUCAGAGAGUUUGCAGAGCUACUUGAUGCAUCUGAAGCCUAUGUUAGUAUGGUGAGAUCCAUGUAUCCUGUAAUGAUUGUUUCAUGAUGGAGUAUAUUGUGACAGCUCUUGUUGUGGGUUUUCAGAGUGGUGAAGACACCUCCAAAGUAGCAUGCCAAGGAAAGUCUUUAAUGCCAACCAUAUCAGAAAGGUUCAUGGGUAUGAGAGCUGCCAUAGUUACUGACAAUCCAAGUUUACGAUCAUUUGGAGGCAAACUUGGCUUCACUGUGUUACAGUUGGUUGACUUAAUUGACAGCAGUCAUCCCCUUGCUGAGUCGCCACAUGAUGUUGUAGUCUCUGAAUUACUGAGGUUGCUUGGAUUUCAAGGAGGGAAGACUUUAGAGGCAAGCCAGUAUGAUUUAGUUUUAGUUCACAUGGUAGCUGGUGAAAAGUCAAAUGGUGGGAAAAACAUGAAAUCUGUCCAUGGUUUGGUCGGGGAAUUAAUGCACAUGGCCGAACCUGGAUCUGAAAUCGGUUCCCGAUUGCACAUCUCUCUUGUAAUGAGCUAUGGAACUGUUUCAGAGAACGAUGAUCUUAGUUUAUCUGUUUUAAACACUAACCAGCAAACUAAUCUUUCACUAUUGUUUCCUCGUCAAAGUUACACCAUGAAAGGAGGGCAUCCACGGGAAAAUGUUAGGCACCAUUGUCCAAUGUUAAUUGCCCAAUGGCAGCAUGCUGUAACUCGCAAGGAUUUGGCAGAGACAUUUUCGUUUAGAGAUUUUAAAGAGCAUGGUGGAAACCUCACUAUACCUGCAGACAGGUUUCUACACGAAGUUGCAUUUAAGCUCUGGAAGGCCCCCAAGUACGGAGCAUGAUGAAAUCUCUUAAGGUUUCAUGCAUCAUAUGAUGCCAAUGACACCUGCCGGAAUAAGGGAAUCAUCCAUCCUGAUUCCUGUCCCUCCUGAUCAUUCUGCUUGUUUUCUUGAUACUGAUCUUGCCCGAAACACUUGUAAUAACGACUUGUGUUUCUUCUCACAGUUUGUGCACUUAACACUGUUCUGUUGCCCAGAGUAAAGGAUAUUUGGGCAAUAUUGAUGAGCUUUCAUAGUUUCCAUCUUAAUUUAUCUUAUAAAUGUGUUACUGCUGAGCCCAGCAUAAAAUAAUACAUUUCUUUCAGCUUCUUUCUAUGAUCAAU